AUGUCGACUGACAAGAGACUCGUACUCGAAACCCUCAUGCCGCAGCUGAUAACGAGAAUCUUCAUGUCUGAUGAACGUAUUGAACGGGACAUUUGUGUGAACAAACCUCUAUAUACGCCUCAAGAGGAAGCAGAUUCCUCAAAUCGAGACGUGUUAUCAAACAACAUUAUUGAGAAGGGCUCGCUUUUUAUGAGAGGUAGUAUUUUGGAAGAGAAUCCUGCAGGGGAGCCCCAGAAUCAGGGCAUACAGACCCCGAUCGCCGUGAUUGCUAAGAACAACACGGUGCGUGAUGGUAGCAUAUUGGUUGUGGGACCCUUGAGUAGCUCUGAUCUAAUGACAGUCAUGAAAACUUGGUCCGAAGUACAACAGUUGAGGAACAGAUAG